AUGGUCUUCGCGCCUGCCAAAUUGACAGCUCCAUCCACGGGGUGUUCAAACGUCAACUACAAUCAAAUAGGAAUCUUCUUUUCGACACUACUUUUGACGAUCCAAUGA